GAAUCUGUUUCUUGGCCCUUGUAUACGUCCCUUUGUCAAAAAAAACGGAAUUGUCCGCUCAUCGAUUCCUUUUUUCUACUUUUAGGUUUUAUUAGAAAGGUAUGUUCAUUUUUUUAAACGUAGUAGCAUGGUAACUCUCAGGAAAAACCCAGGUAAACUUGUAGUUUUGUACCUUUAAUUAAUUUAAAGAAACGUUCUAUAUAUGUGAGGUAUAUGAAAUGCUUGUAUGGAUGAUUAACCUAUCAGCAGUUGCAUGAAGGGUAUAGGUAGAUGGAAAUUUUUGAGCGGAAAUUUUAAUUAUAUAUACAUUUAUUAGACAUAAGCAGGAAGAGCUGCGAGCUGUUAUUUUCUUUCACACGAAGACAAAUGUCAUUUUACCGAAAAAUAACCAAAACAAUUAUAACCAACACGUUCUUUCAUGUUUACGUAUAAUCCAUUUAUAAAUUGUCAUUUUUCCGUUUGUAGGUUUUCGCUAUUCUGUCUAUUCAACUACUUGUGACAGUCGGAAUUAUCUGUUUGUUCCUCUUCGUGUAAGUUUGUAAUAUUAUAUCAUUCAUCCAAAUCUAUUGCCUGUCAAUAUAACUUCAAAUUUAUUAACAUAGAGUACAGACUUGCUGACUUGCAGCAAGAUUCCUCCAUCAGCUUGAAAUUCAUUGUUUGAGACAAACAAGAGUUCUAUACAUUGGUAUAGGGUCCAAAGAUUCAAGGCUGUAUAUAGCCAAGGAGUAGUCGGAACGAGUACUGAACUCGCCCCCUUUCUUUAUCACAAGUCUAAUUUUAGUUGAGCGCCGAGUAGCGGGGGACAGUACAGCAAAAUGCUGUAUAUAUACGAUAGAUGAUUUGUUGUUGUCCAUCCUUUAGCCACCAGAUCACCAAUGUACCAAUACGGCCGUUAACCAACAUGGACUCAUUAUUUCAAAUGAGCAAAAAAGGUUUUACUAGAAAAGCUUUAAAAUCUUUAUAGAGAGAUUUUGAUUCUGCAUGUUAACGUUUCUAUUUUUCUGUUUUAGACCUUCUUUCGAAAAAGCUGGGAAGAAUGGGCUUGUUUAUGGACUUGCAUAGUAAGUGUUCAUAAUAUUGGUAUUUAUGUGAAUAUUACUAUUUAUUAUAUGGACAAUUGUGUUUUACUGGAAACUAAAACACUCGUAGAACUCAUACGUCACUAUACAGCCGGGACCAGGUGCGCGUAUUUUCCGUAUUUCACCCCUGCGAGUGACAUAGGAAGUUCGAAAAUUUCCCGCCAUUUUCAUUGUUGUUGUUUUGAAAAUACAAAUGGUCUUUGGUUCGUAUUUAAAACGAAAUUAACGUUGGAAAUAAAACGAAAACAUUGAAAAGACAUCUUGAGAUAAGUAAAAUUUAUUCUAGUUUUAUGUUUGCACUAUACUUUAAAAAAAUCGCUUUUACACUGGUCUUUCGCGUGCUUAUUUACAUGUCGUCUUUGUGUGUAUUUUUGUCACUCUGAAUAUUGUCCAUAUAAUAAACAGAACAUUUAAACGGUUGCGAGAAGAUAUGGAUUGAUGUUCUCGUGUCAAUUAAAACAAUAUCUCGCUCGUUCGCUCGUUUUGCCACUCGAACAUAAAAUCCAUAUCUCUUCGCAACCGUCUAAUAUCCUCUAUAUAACUGUAUGUGCGUGAAUACAUCAAUUUGAUGAAUGAAUUAUUUUACAUACAUGAGGGUGUCUAAAAAACGCUAUGGAAAUUCAACAGGCUGUCGUGCAUCAUCAACUUUGCUAAACAAUUCAAUUUUACAUAUAGGAAUGAUAGGAUGAAAGAGCUGUUAUUUAGCUUUUUAAUGAUACUUUUUUUAAAUCGUAACAAUGAGAAAUGGCCACAUGCAUACUCGUCAAAUAAAAAUUGUCGGUCGAAAUCACAUUAGUCCACCGUUGGAAAUUGAAAAAACAUUAAUUAUGCAAAGUUAAUCAAUCUAAAAGCAACGCGAAUCUGCUGCAAGCUAUUUGUUUCGUAAAACGUUUGACUACGAAUGUCCUCUGUUCAGUGGUUAAUUGAACCAUGUUUAAUGGACGUUGAUAUACCUGUACGACGAAGAUUGACAAGUUGAGCUCAUUUUAGAUAUUGUAACAUUCAAUUUUAAUUCCCUCUUGGGAAUUGUCUAUGUUUCGUUUUCCAUGCAAUAAUUCCCAACGGUGGAAGAAUGUGAUUUCGACCGGCAAUUUUUAUUUGGCGAGUAUGUGCAUGGCCAUUUCUUAUCGUUACGAUUAUAAAAAGGAGUAUCAAAAACGAAUGUAAACUAGCUAGUAAAUAACAGCUCUUUCGUCCUAUGUGAAAGUUGAAUUGAUUAGCAAAGUUGAUGAUGCACGGCAACCUGUCGAAUUUCCAUGGCGUUUUUUUAGACACCCUGUAUAAGUUCUAAUUACCGAAGCCUUCCUGACUGAUGUAUUUGCACAUAUGCUUGUUAUCACCCAGAAAAUUUAAUUUGAAAUCUAGGACCUCGAAAAUAUACGAUGCCAUGCCUUCUGGAGGGAAACUUUUAUCAUUCGAAUUUCUACGUGGAAAAUCUGCCCAAUUUUAGUAAAUAGAAAAUUCUUUCAUCCCCUCUAAAGAGUUCUUGAGAAAAUAUAUGCCCCCCCCCCCAUUCCAAUAUAAACAGUUAUAUAUAUUUAAUAAAUUUAAAUAUAAUUUUAGCGCUAUAUUCUUUGUUCUAUAUUUUGUUUUGGUUUGCUGUGACUCAGUCCGGUAAGUUAUGAACUUAAUUUUAUUUCCAGUUUUUCUAUAGAAUACCCUACGCAGUUGGUUCCGGAAAUUUGGCAUUACGCACUCAAUUUUUAAGCAAUCGGCCUCUAAAUUGCACCAAAUGUUGCAAACGCUUUACCUACCUAUUAUAGUAUUGUCAAAUAAACAAGACUUGUAAUGGUGGUAUGACUAUCUUCCGCGAGUGUACUGUAUGUUCCUUCUGGUUUACUUAAAUUCUCUCAAAAUAUCAUCUCUACACUCCUUUAUAUGAUUGAUCUAAAAAGGAGUGUUUGGGAUUUUCGAUUUCUUCAGGCGUUAUCAAGCUAUAGAUGUAGUUCUUUCUAGACCUAUAUAUGUUGUUACACAAAACAAUGGCAUGUAAAGGCUUGUAACGUACGUGAUAUUUCGAAUUGGAGGAAUUGAAAUGACAUCUCAUACCAGUAAAUCGCUCCUUAAAGUGAGGUGAACUAGUUUUAAUCCAGUCCUAGGACUGGAUCAAUAUACGUCACCAGGUAUCCAGUAUUGUGAACAAAAUAAAGCAAUAUAUGGUUGGCUAAUUGACGAAUGAAUUAUUAAUGAGUUUGACAGUUUGAUUUAACAAAAAUCUCCAGACACUCUUUUGUAGCUAAACUACUGUAUGUCACAAUAUUUUGUGGAAUUUUGAAAGAAAUCGGUUAAAUGCGAAUUUAUUCGGCUGAAAACAGGCUGUAAACAUAUUUGGAAGGUUUUUCCACACCUAACGCUAAUUUCUCCCCCUAUACUUGCAAUUGGAAAGAUAAUCUAGUUGACGUUAACCAAUAACAAUGGAAGCAGUUUAUGAUUGUGAAAGACUGAAAGCUAUAUGUUCGCUGUACCUGAGGAAAUGAAAUCCCAGUUGUUAUUCUGCUCAAUCGCCUCAUAUUGGAAAUGCCUUGAGUGAAAAAACAUAAUGGUUUAACACCGACUAAUAGCGUGCAUGCAGGUUUGAUUUGCUGUAUUUUACUCUGUGGUUAGCAGUAAUUCAACAACAACCACGAGGAAUUUGUGGAAGCGACAUUUGGUACUUACAGUAACAAGUUGUCAUGAAUAAUUAUGGAAGCCAUAGCUGUCUUAAGUGAUCAAACGACAUUUUGUUGAGUGCUUUUAGCAUUAUACGCGGUUCCUUUCGGCAUUAUACGCGGUGCUUUCGGCAUUAUACGCGGUGCUUUCACCAUUAUACGCAGUGCUUUCACCAUAAUACGCGGUGGUUCGAGCAUUAUACAAGCAUAUAUAUCCUAAUAACGCAAUUUUAAAUAUAUUCAAAAAAUUAUUUUUGCAUAUGCGAGAGUUAUUUUUAAACUUUCUGAAUACCUUACUUGUAUUAAAAUUCGCGCAGUACUAGAAUUCGCGCACCGCUGGGUGUGCGAAUUUUAGUACUGGGCGAAAUAUAAUCCGCGCGAAAUAUAAUCAGCUUUGUGGUGUAAUAUGAGACACUCAUUGUUAGUAAUGCAAAUCAGUUGUUUUAUUAACUGAUUUGCAUUACUAUUUCCAUUAUGUUAUUGUAUCAGUAGGAAAAUGUUUAGUUCUUGUUGGUAUUUUGAACUCACGCUUUAUUGUUAUCAUGAAUUUUGCUUACAUUAUACAUAAUUUUGAAUCCAUUUUUGAGGCCAGCCACCUAGUCGUUUUUUUUAUUAAGUUUUGACAAAUAUUGAAGUAUUUGUUGAUAAAAAUACUCAUUAUAAAUGCAUUAAUUGUCAGUAGUUCUAUUAAACAAACCAAAAAGAACGAACACGGAAAAUUACUUGCGCGAAUUUAAAGCUGCGCGAAUAAGUCUUAACAAGGUGAAAUUAAAUCGUGCGAAUUUAAAGCUGAGCGAAAAUUAAUACGACGCGAAUUUUAAUACAAGUACAGUAAGGUAAAAAUACAAAAAUCGAUUUUUUGAACGAUUUAAGGUGUUCUAUAACCUUAACUAUAAUAUUGACAAGAUUCUACUAAAUUUAUAAAUUAAUCUCUUUUGUUCAGACGAAGUCAUCCGACUAACUUGAUCUUGCUGUCAAUAUUUGUAAGUAAUUGUUCCCUUUAUGAUAAUUAAACGCAUCAACAAUUUUAAUUAUUAAUCAAUAAAAUAAUAAAAUUGAAAUGGAUAAUUGAAAUGUAUACGUAUUCCGUCUUAUAUUGAUCCAUGUUGCGGGUUUUUAAGGCUUUCAGAAUUAUUCUGAGUAGGUGUCUGUUUCGAUAAAGUAGGCGGCUGUUGGGGCGGUCUACAGGGCGUCUAAAAAAACGCUAUGGAAAUUCAACAGGCUGUCGUGCAUCAUAAACGUGCCUAUACAAUUCAAUUUUUGCAUAGGACAAGAGAACAGUUAUUUAGCUUUUCAAUGAUACUAUUUUUAAGUCGUAACGAUGAGAAAUCGCCACAUACUCGUCAAAUAAAAAUUGCCGGUCGAAAUCACAUUCUUCCACCGUUGGGAAUUGAAAGGAAAACGAAACAUAGGCAAUUCCCAAGAGGGAAUUAAAAUGAAAUGUUAAGUUAUCUGAAAAUGAGCUCAACUCGUCAAUCUUCGUCUUAGUGAGACAACACGAACGUCCCGUUAUUAUUGCAUUAAACAUGGUUCAAUUAACCACUGAACAGAGAACAUUCGUAGUAAUCAAAACGUUUUAGCUUUUGGAUUUAUUAACUUUGCAUAAUUAGUGUAUUUUCGAUUCCCAAUAGACCUUUUCCCUUUUAAGUUAAAUUUUGAUCUAUACUAGCCUGGACAAAAAUUUCAUCACAGCUUGAAAGAGCAUCACAAAAUUAGUAAUAUUCCGAAGUUUCGUUGCGAAAUGUUGUAAAAUGCGGUCAGUUUUGGCAUCACUGUCACUUUUGUCAACUGUAUUUGUUUCCGUUCUUAGACGCUUGCUCUCUCAUAUCUUGUUGGUGUGAUAUCAAGGUGAGUAAAGACUGUAAAGCUUGCGGUAUUCUUUAUGAGCCAUGAUUGGUGUGAAUCGGUAUCCCCUACAUGACAUUCGUAUGAAUUUUUUAGAAAAUUUGUAUGAAAUUCUUAGCAAAUAGCAUCACGAACAAUUUUAAUUUAACUUCUUGACAAAUUUAAAUGAACAAGAUCCUGGCCUUGCAGUGAAAUUUGUGAAAGGCUAGUUACACCGCAUUUUUAAUAUAUUUCUGUUAAAACCAUAACAAAUUUGACAUAUCAUUUCGAGGUCAAAAAUUUUUAAUUUAAUACUCCAGUAGUCCAGUAUAUCUUCAGUAUCCUGUCAUUAUUGUCAUAUCAUGCAUUCGUUUCUUUAUUUCUAUACCUUUUUAAUUCUGAAUUUUCACAAAAUAAUUUGCAUUUACAAUUACGUUCGUAAUACGUAUACAUUAAGCAUCACGUUAAUUAAACGUUUAUCCUGUUGUCAUACCGCAGAACGGCUGGUGUUAUGUUACGUACUACAACUCGACUUUAGUUAGUGCAUCGAAGACUGGAAGGCAAAACGUUUCGUCGGUUCACAACUAUAGACGCAUUAUAACAUCUGUUAAGAGAUAAUGCCUCGUGAGAGGAGAAGCAUUUCACAUGAUUCUGUAGCCUGUAGGGAACACGUCUACGCUCUACGCAGUUAAAUCCGUAACUUAUUUUAAGAAUAUGACCUACUGAUCUGUGUCUCAGCGUUCAAUCACGCAAAGAAUAUACAAUAUACAUACAGUAUUUAUACUUCCUCAAAAGUAGACGCAUUAUAACAUUUCUAUAUAUAUAGGAGAAACAUUUUGGCCGUUUUCCACUAGGCGGAAUUUUCCGCGCGGAGCGGAAUUUCUUUGUCUUGCAUCUGAUUUCUCAGGUGGAACUAUAAAGGCCGUUUUCCACUAGGUGGAAUUUUCCGCGCGGAGCGGAAUUUCUCUUUGUCUUUUCUAAUUAGUUCCACCCGAGAAAUCACAAGACAAAGAAAAAUUCCGCUCCGCGCGCAAAAUUCCGCCUAGUGGAAAACGGCCUUAAUUCGAAAAGACAAAGAGAACUAGAAUUCCGCUCCGCGCGGAAAAUUCCGCCUAGUGGAAAACGGCCUUUAAUUUAAAACUUUCACGAGCUAGGGGAAAGAUAGUGUUUCGCAUAUUUCGUAUCAAAAUACCGAAUGUGUACCGCUGUCUACGCGGCAAUUAAAUCAGUAAGUUUAUAAAUAUUACCUACAGUAUACUGACUCACGCGAAGAAUAUGAAUACUUUAGGGAAGCUAUGUUGUAAAAUUCAGGAUCUGAAUUAAAUCGCGCAAAAAAUAUAGAGUAACUAUAAACCAUAGUAUACGUUACGAGACUGUAUCACAUACUGAUGCAAUAGCUAUAGCCCUGUUAAAUUUCAAAUAGCUAUAUUACGUAAAUAAUCAGGGCCGGUUAAAACUGAAAAAGUCAUGUUUCUUUAUAGUUUCCAUGAAACAAAUAUUGUUCUGAUUAUGAUGGGGAUCACUGCGGCAAGUCUUGUUUUUAUCUUUUUUUAUAGAAAAAUAGAAAAAGUACUAGACAGUACAAACUUUUGUUUUCUACAAGCUAUAUGUCUAAAUUGUUUUAUAUGUUUGUGUAUUCAUAACCAUUCUUGUUUUUAGAUUGUGACCAUAUGUGUCAGUCUGUUUGCUUGUCAGACCAAGGUAUGUGAGUCGUAAAACAACAACGGUCUACUGUUCUUCAUGUAACUGGAAACUUUUCAUUGUGCAGAAAUUUUACCGAAAUGAUUGACUGUAUAAUAUAUUGUAAAUACUAUAAAUUAAAUUAUACAUAUCAGUUAAGUACGACACAGUUAAGAAUUGAAUAUUUAAGGUGGCAGGAUUUACCGUGCAGACAAUGUCACUAAUUUGAUUUGGGUCCAGAACGACAGCAACACAGUUUUUUUCAUCCAAUUAAACACUUAAACUUUAUAAGCAGCCCUGCAGCAGUUUUCAAACAAGGCUUUUCGAAAUUUAAAGCAUUCGCCAAUAGAAAAUCAAGUUACAACUGUAAUUGACUCAUUUCAGUUUUAAACAUUUUUUUCAUUUCAGUUUGACAUGACGAAAUAUGGAGGAGUUUUGUUUGUGUUCGCUUUGGUCGUGUUCUUCGUGCUCAUUUUUUCACCCGUUUUUCUGCUCGUUGCAACGGUAAGAACAUAAUUAUUGUAACUCAUCAAAAUUUACGACCCAAAUUGCGAUUUUUAAACGAACUAUAAAAUUUAAUUUUGUCAACCCUUGAAACCUUUUCCCGAACAAGAAUACAAAAACGUGACAAUACAGACGACUUACGCCCGCAAUCUAUCUAACUCUAUACUUAAUGUAUUUCAAUGGAAGUUCCUUACACAUGUCGUCCACUACUUUUUUGCUUCACGGUGCUAACCUUUUUGCAUUCACUGCAGAAUGUUCGAUCUAUAUUAUCAUCCACUCGUAAGGGUAUUGGGCUGUCAAUUUGUAUACCCCAAAGGGUAUUUGGCUGUCAAUUUCCCGUUUGUAAUCUAAAAUGACUGAAAAUUGCAAACUUCGCAAGGCUAUAUUAUCUGCAUUUUACAACAUUUCGCAACGAAACUUUGGAAUAUUACUAAUUUUGUAAUGUUCUUUCAAGCUGUGAUGAAAUUUUUGUCUAGAUCAAAAUUUAGUCUAUUACGCAAGUGGUCAAUUGCAUUUAUCAUCUCAUCUAUUGUAUUAAUUAUUCUACGCGACCAAAAUUCGAAGUAUAAAACAGGCCUAACAAACUCACCUGGGGGAGUAAAAGCGAACGAAACCUAGUUUGGGCACCACAAUAUAGCAUGUUUUGUUACUUUUAGGUGUCAAGAAUUGCCAUUGGUGGAGUCUUGGCUUUGCUUUUCACUGCUGUAAGUCAUUGUUUAAAAUUACAUGACUACUCUACGUAAAUUAGGAACUCGGGAUAAUUUCCGUGCAGUAUAAUCUUAACAGCAAAUUUUGUGUUCAAGUCGGAUUUUCCCGUCAUUACAGUAUGUAAUGUACAAAACUGCUCAGUGUACUCGUAAUUAAUUCAAAGGGAUUUCAUUACCGACACUGGCGACACAUACAGUAUUUAACUGCAAGUUGUUGAUGUCAUUUAUUCUAGUUUAUGGUUUAUGAUGUGCAGCUGAUUAUGGGCGGUCGUAAGUAUGAGUUGAGUGAAGAAGAAUACGUGUUUGGAGCUUUGAUCUUGUAUGUUGACAUUAUUAACAUCUUACUGCUCCUGCUCUAUCUCUUUGGUGGAAGUAAUAACUAA